GAUCCGGACGUUACCGACAGCCGUGGAAGAACGCCUUUAUCCUGGGCUGCCGAGGGCGAUAAGCCGGGGAUUGUUGUCACAUUGCUGGAGCAGGGUGCUGAUGGUGCCUACAUCGACGCAGCAGACGUUUCCGGACGCACUCCACUGUUACUCGCUGCAAAGAAUGGUUAUCGCCAAAUUGCCGAGCAUCUUCUGGAACAUGGUGCCAAUAUCGAGUCCAGAGACGACAACGGCAAUUCGUCGCUUUCCUGGGCCGUCAAGAUGGGACAUCGGGCUGUUGUCGAGCUGUUGGUUGAAUACGGCGCGGAUGCCCAAUCGGAAGAUGAUCGAGGACAAACGCCUCUUGCAUGGGCG